AGUUCCCACAGCACCCCAGCGGCCUGCCAUGGGGGGUCUAAGGCCCUGGGCCCGAUAUGGGCUCCUGGUUGUGGCCCACUUGCUGGCCCUGGGGCUUGGGGCUGUGGUGUUCCAGGCCCUGGAGGGGCCUCCUGCAUGCAGGCUUCAGGCUGAGCUCAGGGCAGAGCUGGCAGCCUUCCAGGCAGAGCAUAGGGCCUGCCUGCCACCCGGAGCUCUGGAAGAGCUGCUGGGCACUGCCCUGGCCACCCAGGCCCAUGGCGUCUCCAGCCUGGGCAACAGCUCAGAGGCCAGGACCUGGGACCUUCCCUCAGCCCUGCUCUUCGCUGCCAGCAUCCUCACCACCACAGGUUAUGGCCACAUGGCCCCACUAUCGCCAGGCGGAAAGGCCUUCUGCAUGGUCUAUGCAGCCCUGGGGCUGCCAGCCUCCUUAGCUCUCGUGGCCACCCUGCGCCAUUGCCUGCUGCCUGUGCUCAGCUGCCCAGGUGCCUGGGUAGCGGUCCACUGGCAGCUGUCACCGUCCAGGGCUGCGCUGCUGCAGGCAGUCGCACUGGGACUGCUGGUGGCCAGCAGCUUUGUGCUGCUGCCAGCGCUGGUGCUGUGGGGCCUUCAGGGCGACUGCAGCCUGCUGGGGGCAGUCUACUUCUGCUUCAGCUCGCUCAGCACCAUUGGCCUGGGGGACCUGCUGCCCGGCCACGGCCGCAGCCUGCACCCCGUGAUUUACCACCUGGGUCAGCUCGCACUUCUUGGUUACUUGCUUCUAGGACUCUUGGCCAUGCUGCUGGCUGUGGAGACCUUCUCUGAGCUGCCACAGGUCCGUGCCAUGGGGAAGUUCUUCAGGCCCAGUGGUCCUGUGACUGCUGAGGACCAAGGUGGCAUCCUAGGGCAGGAUGAACUGGCUCUGAGCACCCUGCCGCCCGCGGCCCCAGCUUCAGGACAAGCCCCUGCUUGCUGAAGCGUCAGGUGACCGAGUUCAGCUCCAUAAGGUGGCGGCACCUGAGGAGGAAGCAGCCAGGAGUGGCUGGGGAAGAAUCGGGAGAUGCAGCCGCGGUGGGGGUGGGCGGGAGGCCUCAGGGAAUACUGUGUUAAUCAUAAAAUGAGCAACGACUUCGGCUGUUUUCAAGUA